AUGGCAUUUCAAUUCCUUUCUCCAAAACCAUCCUCGCAAAAAUUUAUAGUUGAUGUUGAUAUGGAUGGCGACAUAGAUAUGCUUCUUAAAACAGAGAGGAAAAAUUUCGAGUCACAAGUAGUAACUCCUGGGCAACUUAUAACUAGUGAUGCACAAUCUAUGAGAGGUCAUGGUACCUAUACAACAGAAUCAGGAAAAUGUGCAGCAUCAGUGGCUGGUGUGGUUGAACGCGUCAACAAAUUAAUCUCUGUAAAGUCAUUACACGCGAGAUACAAUGGUGAAGUUGGCGAUUUAGUAAUCGGCAGAAUUACAGAGGUUUCACAUAGAAGAUGGAAAGUUGAUAUAAAUUCAAGGCAAGAUGCGGUGUUGUUAUUGUCAGCUAUUAACCUUCCCGGUGGUAUACAAAGACGUAAAACUGAAGCAGAUGAACUUCAAAUGAGAAAAUUUUUCUCCGAAGGGGAUCUAUUAGUGGCUGAAGUACAAGGACACUUUCAAGAUGGUUCCUCGUCUUUACAUACAAGAAAUCUAAAAUACGGCAAGUUACGCAACGGUUCUUUCGUCGUAGUUCCGCAAACGCUUGUACAACGAGGUAAAACUCAUUUUCAUACUUUACCGUAUGGAGUUGAUUUGGCAUUAGGUUUGAAUGGUUAUAUUUGGGUAAGCAAGCAUACAACACAAUCAUCCAAAGACCAAGAUUCCGAUGCUAUUUACUCAAAUGAAAAUGAGGAAAUUGAUCAAGAAAGGCGUGAGGCAAUCGCGCGAGUUUGCAAUAGCAUCAAUGCGUUAAGUCGUCAUUUCCUUCAUAUAAAUGAUACGACGAUAAAGUUGGCAUAUGAAGCUUCUUUACACUUUCCGGUUAAGGAUCUAUUGAAAUUAGAUGUGAUGGAAGCAAUAACGAGUGAAGUGAAAGCUGGUUUAAGAUAG